GUGCUGCUGGCCAUGGACCACAACCGCCUUUCCCAUUUCUUUCCAGAGCGAGCCACCAUCUGGGACGCCGUGUCCAGCUACGUCCGAGAGCAGCUGCUGCAGCACAAGGGCGUCCGGAUUCCUUCCUUGGGCACCUUGGAUGUUGUCCAGGAGAAGAUCCAGGUUGGGGAUGAGUUGGUCACCAUCUAUAGGCCCACGUUCUCCUUGGCCAGGAACCUGGCUUUGGUCCACAACCUGAUGGGCAACAAGCUCUAUGCACCUGGCAACAAGGAGCUGGAGCCCCUCAAGUACUCCAAGGUGGCCUCAUCCAUCCCCACGUCACGCCAGAAGGUGGAACGCUGUGUCCAAGGCACCAUGUCCCAGCUCUCCUAUUGCCUUGGCAAGGGGGAGACAGUGGCCUUGGUCCUCAAGGACAUCGGGGUGCUGCUCAUUGAAGGCAAGAGGGUGGAGGUGAGGUUCUAUUCCCACUUCCUGGAAGAGCUGGUUGGGAAGAGGAGCCUGGAGAAAGCUGGAGCCAAGGUCCCCCAUCUCCUGGAUAUGGGAAUGUCGCCUUCGGCUCCUGUGGCCUCCUUGAGCACCAUUGGCCGGGUCCUCGUCUUCCCAGCCUUUGGGAUGACUUCGGAGACCCAACAGAUCCCAGAGGUUCUCCUCAAGAGCUUGGGAUCAGCCCUUGGUGAGGACGAGGAGAUGGGAAUGGGGAGGUCUCCAUCCCUGGAUUACGCCAUGGAAGGUAAAGAUCUCCUAGGGAUAACCCAAGGAUAUGGGGACCACCAUGAGGCUCCAACGCCUCCUCCAUCCCAACGGAUGACGGACCUCAUGGGGGCCGUCCCUUUGGAUGACGAACGUGAUGGGAAUGGGCUUGGGAGGGCACGAAGGGGCCAUGGAGACCCUCCUUGGGCACCAUGGGAUGCUCUUCCGCCCCCCGGUUCCAGCGGGAUCUCCCGGUGUUCCCAUUCCCGGCGUUCCCAGCCCAAUGGGUGGUGGUGGAGAAGAGGAGGCCACAAGGAUGAAGACGAAGCCCCUGGUCAGGUGAGGCUGAAGGCUCAUCCCUAUGGACACUCGAUGGGGCGGGGAGAGGCUGCCCUAUGGGUGAUGGUGUCCUCAGGGGCAGAUCCCAAAGGAAUCUCCCGACAGGAAGAGCUCCAAGAGGUGCCCGAAGGCCAAGAGGAGCCAGAAGGAGGUGGAAGAGGCUGGGAAUGA